AACCUACCUUCAUUGGUACAGCUACUCAUAUCUCGACACUUCAAUUUUCAUUCUGAAGCAAAAAACUCCCCAAUCUGUGCAUUCGAAACCAGUGAGUGAUUAGAUAAAGAAGCCAGACUGUCCGGUCGUAUAUUGGGCAUCAAUUGUUGCCAGCCUUCCUCAUUCGACAGGUUGCGUUCGAGUAGUGAAAUCGUGUGUAGCGCAAUGGCCGACAACAACAACAUCGUUCAGGACCUGCCUCAAGCUUUGCAAGAUCUGUUGAAUCGUGUAGCUCUGUCUCAGGGAUUCAAACCUUCCGGUUACAGCAUCCAGCUGGAGUCGGGAUCAACCGUUGGCGAUGGUUUCGUGGGUAGAAUGAUUCGGGCCAAUAUAAAGGAAAGUGGGACUGAUCGAUCUCUGAAGGCCAUGUGUAAAGUUAUGCAGUCGAACCAGGAAGCACGUGAUCGGUACAAUUCGCCGCUUCUGUUUAGCAAAGAGUGUGACUACUAUGCAUCGCUGCUACCUACGAUGUGUCGCUUCCAGGAGGAGAAACAAGUUCCGGUUGAGGCCAGAUUCAGCGCCUUCCCAGAGUGCUAUCUGUCGGUUUACGACGAGCAAUCGAAAGAGUAUAUGAUUGCUCUGGAAGAUCUCCGGCAGCGACGGUUCGAGAUGUGGGACAAAUUGGUUCCGAUGAGUUACGAGAAUGUUAAACUAGUGAUGGAGCAAUUGGGGCGGUUCCAUGCGGUAUCGCUGGCUUUGAAAGAUCAACGACCGGAAGUGUUUGAACAGUUCAAGGCCCACAGGGACGAGCUGACCAGAAUCACCGGAAUCAAAGAAUUUUUGGACAGUAUGGUUAAAAAGUCGAUCGACACUUUGGGAACUCAUGAACAGGACGCACGGGAGAGGAUGCAAAAAUUGUACGAAAACUUUUGGGAACGGAUUAACGCGUGUUUGGAUCCGAAGGCAGCCGAACCCUACACGGUGCUCUGUCACGGCGAUAUUUGGGCUAACAAUAUGAUGUUCCGUUACGAGGAGAAAUCUCCCCAGGAAGUGGUCUUCCUAGAUCUGCAAGCAAUUCGUAACACCAGUCCGGUAAACGACGUCGUACACUUCCUGUUCUGUGCCACCGAUGAUGACUUCCGUCAACUUCACUACAAGGAAAUGCUUCAAACCUACUACAACUCGCUGUCAAAUCUUCUGCGCCUACUGGGAGGCGAUCCGGAACGCCAAUUUCCCCAGUCAGCCUUUCAGCAGCAGCUCAAAAAGUUCGGCAUCAUUGGCCUGCUGAUUGCGGCGUUCGCACUGCCACCUACCUGUACCGAUUACGCAAAAGCUUCGAAUGAAUCGAUGGACGAUAAUUCGUUUUUGGAGUUUUCGACCCAGGAACGGGAUGAGGCUCGGUAUCGUAAGCGAAUGUCCGGGGCCAUCCGGGAUGCCAUACGGUUUGGCUAUCUGUAGAGAUUCGAAUCUUGGACGCAUUACAAAAUGCGAACGAUCAAAAUGUUGCUAGACCCCGUUCAACGAAGGUCAGUGUGUGUUGUUCCGAGUAAUCAGUUGAGCUGAAUGGAAGAAACAUCAGAUAAGAUAUGAAGUUCAAUAUUGAUGAUUGCUGUGCAAUUAUAUUCAGU